GAGGCUGAGAGCACAGUAGUUGAAAAAAUUCAUUAAGAAGUCGGAUCUUUUAUCACCACCUUGACAGCAGUCAACGCUUCCCUUCAGUCCAUCUCCAGCAGCGAGCCAGACAUGUUCGCCGCCAGUGACAUGAGGUUCUGGUCAACCGUCGGAGACGUUAUCAAGAAUUCUUGCGAAACGAUCAAGGAACUACACAAUUUCUGCGCAUGUUUCAAGGCCAUCGCUAACAAGGACUCGAAUGUGUCUCAAAAGCCUCUGCAAGCAUUCUGGCUUGAUGCCACGGCCGAGAAGCUCAAAAAGUUGAGAGACCAGACAUACGCACAUCACAGCAGUCUUUUUCUCAUUCUGCAGACUAUGAACAUAUGUCUCUGUUCUCCAGCACCAGAUGUAAUCAUCAAUGACCUUAACAGAAAGAUAGACCUUUUAGUUCAGCUGAUUACUCAAACCUCUUCAGCACAUAGAUCUGACAUCGAGGGUGAUGAUCAAAAUUCAUUGCACUCACACGCUAACACGGAGCUCAUCGACGCCGUGAACAAUGUAGCAAAAGCCGCCAAGCUCAUCCAGUCACAAAGCCACACCAGCCACCCACCCAGUCAGACCUUUGAUCAUGUCGAAUCGUGGAGGCAACAACUGCGAGCUGCUGCGAACGAAGCCAGCUCGCAAGCCUCGACAACAAGUACUGCUCAUCCAAGUCAGCGAACUCCACCAAGCUCCCUGGAAACAUCAAGCGAGACAACCGAGACUCCUGCUCAUGACGAGUCAGACAGCGAAGACGAGCUAGAACUCGAAGUGCUUGAGCAAUGUCUUCAAGAAGCUAAUGCUGCACUCAAGAAAUCCCGACACGAGGACGCUGCAUUAUUCUAUCGAGAAGCCUUUUCAAUCGCAGAAUCAUUGUCUCCCAAGAAGCAAGAGCGAUUCGGAUUGAGCGACGUUCGUCUCAGAACUGCGGUCUGCUGUUUCUUCGAGAAUAACUUCAAAGAAGCAGAAAAGAUUGCGACUGAAGUGAAGAAUCGAGAGACUAUCAGUCCUACGAAUGCAGAUCGAAUCCGAAAACUUGAUGCAACACAGCUUCUAGCAGAGAUCUACCUAUGCAGCGGAAAGUAUCGGGAAGCAGAAAAAGAAUGCCGUGCUGCGUGGAAAGGUCGCUACAAAGCACUCGGCAAACAGGAUCUGUCCUGCUUUGUCUCCUUAAGUCUCUUAUCCUUGAUCAUGGAGAUGCAAGGGAACUAUGCUCGAGCCAUAACCUACAAGAACAUGAUUCCCUCGAACAUCAACGAUGCCACCGUCCGAGCUCGCCGUGAUCGAGUCAUCGAAAGUGCAGCUGGAGGUCCAGCAAUCAUGCACAGCAAGAAUAUUGCCAAGGUGAAGAACAUCACCCCUGAAGCUAGGGCAAAAGGCAUCGAUGAAUUCUUCAACAAAUUCGUUCGGAACAGCGACGACUCUAGUGUGGGAAGAUUACUCUACGACGCAUGCGGACAGGGACUAGCCAAUUUAGUCCACCUACUCCUGACUGGCUGGAGUCCAAGAUUCGAGCUCUACAUGCCAGGACACCAAGGCAAAAGCACUGUAACAACCAAAGACAUUGCAGCUGUCUACGGCCCGUUCCAAGAAACCGUCCUCCAUGCAGCCAUCCAAGGAGGUAAUGUUGCAGUCUUCAAACUCUUACUAGAAGCCGGAGCAGACCUCAAAACCACAGAAGGACGAGAAAUAUUCCGUGGACUAAUCAAGUCGAAAGAUUCAGCUCUCAUUGAUCAUAUCAUGGGCUCGAAGGAUUCUCAACUCAUUGAUUAUAUGAUUGGAAAGUUAGGGCCAGAUUUCACUGCUCUGAAGGAUCCUAGAGGGAGGAAUUUGGCGGCAAUUGCGAGGGAUACGACGGGUGGGUGGGAGUGGUUGAAUGAGCGGAUUGAUAACUGGUAUUCCUCGAGGAAUAGAACAAGGCCUGCUUGGCAGUAGUGGCGCAUGCUUUUUGGUCUUUGUGGUGAUUGAGAUUUGGAUGUUGUGAUGAUCAAUGAAAUUUGUUUUCUAUGAAUUGGAUAUGUACUCUGCUUGUCAAAGUCUGUCAAUGUUUUGUUUGAUCUCUUUCAUGCAAUGUCCGAAAACCACGCAGGUUGCCAAUCCCACCGACUAUCGACAAACGACAACUCGGGAAGCUUGAAAGUGUGUG